UCAGUUUGGACGCGGCAGUCCAGAGGGAAGGACGCACUUAAACUUCUCUCGUGCAUACCAUCCAGUCACUAUGUAUUUUGUUAAUUGAAAUAGCUGUGUGCUAACUCUGAAGUGAACCUGGUACUGGCUUUUUCUGAGGUUCCUUGUUCCAUCUUUUGUGUAAACCACUUUCAUCGAUGGUGGCCGAGUAUUGGUGACGUCUUGUGUAGACCAAGUGGCCAGUAGAGAACAUUGUCUAUUGGAGGACCUCACCAGCCCAUUCUUGUCAAGACCAAGUGGCAAUAGACAACAGUGGAGGACCUUACCAGUUCCCAUACUAGGACAAUUACUUUCAAUUUUGUGUGUACCAUUGUCCUUUUGUGUGUGUUCUGUGUUGUACAAAAUCAGCCGUGUACUGGUUGUUUGGGACCUUGGAAAAAUGCUAACCAGAGUUGGACCUGUCUCAGUAAGUCGGAACCUUCUGGUAACUACAGAGUAGUAAGCUAUUUUGUGUUUCGUAAAACUGGAUGUAUUUGUUUUCGCGAUGUAUUGUGUAUCAUAGCUACUGGUGGUUUUGAGUUAGUCACAUGUGAAGUGAGGUUCAAGUUAAUUUAUUCUUGUACCUAUAGUUUCAUGUCAAACAUGGAUGAUUUGAAUGAGUUAAAAGCAUUUGGUGAGGGUUUAGGUCUUAAGGAUACUGCUCUGGCAGAUUUUAUUAAAGAACAGCAAGCUAUUAGAAGAGAUGAGAGACAAGCUCAGAGAGAGUUGGAAAAGAUUAAGAUGCAUGCUCAAGCGGACGCUGAGAGAGAGAAAUAUAAUUUUGAGCUAGAGAGAGAGAAAGUGAAGAUUGACAUUGAGAAAAUGAAAUUAGAGCAACACUCUUAUAUUGCAAGUGAGUCAAAAUCUUACGAUAGUCAUGUGUCCGCUAAGAUUCCCAAACUCCCUUUCUUUGACGAUUCUCACGAUGAGAUGGAUAGUUAUCUUUUAAGAUUUGAAAGGUACGCUGAAGCUCAGCGUUGGGAUAGAUCGGAUUGGGCUAUAAAUCUUAGUGCUUUAUUAAAGGGGAAAGCUUUAGAUGUUUAUGCGUUGAUGCCCAAAACUGAUGCCUUUGACUACAAUACCUUAAAGACAGCAUUACUCAGACGCUUUGAAUUGACAGAUGACGGUUUUAAAAAGAAAUUUCGAUCAUGUAGGCCAGAUCCUAGUGAAACAUUUUCCCAGUUCGCUGUUCGGUUGAGUAGUUAUUUUGAUAGGUGGAUUGAAAUGGCAAAGGUUUCCAAAUCAUUUGAAGACUUGUAUGAUCUUAUGUUACGCGAUCAAUUUUUACAUGUGUGUAGUCAAGAUUUGAAACUAUUUUUAAAGGAAAGAUUACCCGAGAAUUUGACAAGAAUGGCAAACUUGGCUGAUCAGUAUAAAGAUGCUCGUGACCUGAAUGCACUCCAAGCUACGGGUAAGGGUAAGAUGCCUUCAGCAAAAAAAGUUGAUCAGGUGAAGAAAACAGAUGUAGGUGAGAACAAGCAUGUACCUAAUGAUAAGAAAAGGUUCAUUCCAAAGACAGAGCGUAAGUGUUACAAAUGUCAUAGAUACGGACACAUUGCACCAGAAUGUAAGUCUAGAACAUCGUUUAAUAACGUUUCUAAUGCAGUGCAAGACUUUGGAUCUUCAGAGCAAAAGGUUUGUUUUGUUAGCACAAUGCCUACUGAUUCUAUUGUAGAUUCCAGAGUAUCUUCUUCUCCAAUGACAAUGUCAUCAUCUUGUCAGAAGAACUCGUCUUUUAACAUGCCUUUAUCUGCAGGGUAUGUUAACAAUGUCCCUGUGACGGUACUAAGAGAUACUGGGUGUAGUGGUAUUGUUGUUAAAAUGAGCAAGAUACAGGAGGAAAACCUUAUAGUUGGUAAGAAACAGACUUGUAUUUUAGCAGAUGGUUCUAAGGUAUCUGUCCCGAUUGCCAAAGUGUCCAUCGAUACGCCAUUUCUGAAAGGUCAGUAUGAGGUAUGGUGUAUGGAGAAUCCUGUGUACGACUUGAUAGUUGGUAACGUUCCAGAUGCCAAACCAGCAGAUCAACCAGAUCCAGAUUGGCAGGUAAAUGCUGUUGAGACUAGGCAACAGAAACGUGACAAGAGUAAACCAUAUCCUCAACUUAGGGUUCCAGACAUGAUUACUGAAGAUAUCAAUCCGAUGACAAUUAGGGAUGCGCAGGAGCAUGAUCAUUCUUUGAAAAAGGUACCUGAAAAUGUAGAGAACAAUCUCUCUCAGGUUAAGAAAAAUGGUAAAGUGAGUUGGUUUAAGAAAAAUGACCUUAUGUUUAGACAGUAUAGUACUCAUGUGGGAGAUAGGGAAAAGAGUUAUUCUCAGUUAGUUGUUCCCGAUAAAUUCCGAAACCAGGUAAUGAAACUUGCACAUGAUUCAUUGCUAGCAGGUCAUUUAGGAACACAGCGUACUUUAGCGAGAGUAACGUCAGAAUUCUGGUGGCCAGGAAUCCAGAGUGAUGUGCGAAGAUUUUGCCAGUCUUGUGACAUUUGUCAGCGCACAGUUCACAAAGGUAAGAUUAAGAAAGUACCUCUUGAACGAAUGCCACUCAUAGACGAACCGUUCCAGAGAGUUGCUGUUGACCUGGUGGGCCCUCUUUCUCCAAUCACAGACAAAGGUAAUCGCUAUAUUCUCACUUUAGUGGAUUAUGCUACUCGCUAUCCUGAAGCCAUAGCACUUCCCAGCAUCGAAACAGAGAGAAUUGCAGAGGCUCUAUUUGAAAUGUUCUCGAGAAUUGGUAUACCUCGUGAAAUGUUGACAGAUAUGGGAGCUCAGUUUACUUCCGCAUUAAUGUCAGAGGUAAGUCGUCUUAUUUCUCUUAGUCAGCGGACAACAACCCCGUAUCAUCCUAGCUGUAAUGGGUUGGUGGAACGAUUCAACGGGACCUUAAAGCAGAUGUUGAAGCGACUCUGUUUCGAGAAACCAAAAGAUUGGGACAAGUACCUAAGUGCUGUGCUGUUUGCCUACCGAGAAGUGCCACAGGAGAGUCUUGGAUUCUCACCCUUUGAGUUGGUAUAUGGUAGAUCAGUUCGUGGACCUAUUUCCAUAUUGAAGGAGUUGUGGACAAACGACAUACCAGAUCCAAACGUCAAGACAACCUACCAAUAUGUGUUAGAUCUCAAAGACAGACUCCAGUCUAUGGCUGAACUUGCGAAAGAGAGUCUAGAAAAGUCGUCUACCAGAUACAAGAAACACUAUGACAGGAAAACUAGAACUAGAAGUCUAAAGGUAGGAGAUAAAGCUCUUGUUCUUUUACCGACUGACAAUAACAAAUUAUUGCUUCAGUGGAAAGGACCUUUUGUGGUUACAAAGAAAGUCAACAGAGUUGAUUAUCAGUUAGAUAUGCAAGGUAAGACAAAAACCUUUCAUAUAAAUCUUUUAAAAAAGUACAUUGAGAGACCAAUUUCAGAUGUUGCUUCAGUGACGGAAGAUGCAGGUGUUCUUGGUUUAGUGAACGCAGCAGUAGUUGAUUGCGUAGAUGAUGAGGACCAAGAUGGACAGUUAGAUGAGUAUCCUCAAUCACAGGUUAGUGUAAGCACAGUAAACAUUAACCCAUCAUUGUCAUUAGAGAGCAAGGACAGAUUGAUGAAGUUGCUUUUUAAGUUUGAUGAUGUUUUUCAAGACAGUCCUGGUAUCACAAGUGUACUUGAACAUGAAAUUAGAACGACAAGUGCUAAACCGAUUCAUGUCAAAAAUCGUCAGAUACCAUAUUCAAUGGAGGAAACAGUAAACAAAGAGGUGAGUGACAUGUUGAAGAUGAACAUUAUUGAAUCUUCUGACUCCCCGUAUUGUUCACCAGUUGUUAUCGUGCCCAAGAAAGAUGGAACAAACAGGUUCUGUAUAGAUUUUCGCCUGUUAAAUAAUCAGACCAUAUUUGAUUCAGAGCCAAUGCCAGAUGCUGAUGAAAUGUUUUCCAAACUUGCAGGACAUAAAUUCUUUUCAAAAAUUGAUCUAUCAAAAGGGUACUGGCAGGUUAAGUUAACAGAUGAUUCAAAACCAAAAACAGCCUUUAGAACAGGUAAGGGUUUGUUUCAAUUCAGGGUCAUGCCCUUUGGGUUAGUUACGGCUCCGGCCACAUUUUCAAGAUUAAUGCGCAAAGUCUUGCAUGGAAUGGAGAAUGUAGACAAUUUCAUAGAUGACAUUUUGGUGUACACAAAGUCGCUAGAUCAUCAUUUUGUUGUAUUAGAUGAGCUUUUUCAGCGAUUGCGGACAGCAGGUCUGACAGCAAAACCAGGUAAAUGUUCACUGGCCUAUUCAAAUAUUGACUGUCUCGGACAUGUAGUGGGUAAUGAGGAGUUGAAGCCAGACUUUGACAAGGUUGAAGCUAUAUGUAAUGCCCCUAUCCCUGUUACGAAAAAACAGUUAAGGUCAUUCCUUGGUUUAGUGGGGUUUUACCGGAAAUUUGUGCCCAAUUUUGCUCAAAUCGCGUCACCAUUGACUGACUUGACCAAAAAAGGUUUACCCACUAAGUUGAAAUGGGAAGAUGCUCACAAUUUAGCAUUUCAGACGUUAAAAGCUUCACUUACUAAGUGUCCCAUAUUGAAACUUUCUGAUAUCAAGGAGACUUUCAUUCUACAGACGGACGCUUCAGACAGAGGUCUAGGUGCAGUUCUUUUACAAGAAGAAAUGGGUCAGAAACUCCCAAUUGCUUAUGCUAGUAGAAAGCUAAGAGAGAGUGAGUGCAAGUAUGCAACUGUUGAGAAAGAGUGCUUGGCAGUUGUAUGGGCAAUUCAGAAAUUCCAGAAGUAUUUGUAUGGACAUGCGUUCAUUUUAGAGACAGAUCAUAGCCCACUUGUGUACUUAAAUAAGGCUAAGGUCACUAACCCUAGACUUAUGCGCUGGACGCUUAGUUUGCAACCUUACAGGUUUGCUAUACAUGCAAUUAAAGGUAAAGACAAUGUGGGUGCAGACUACCUAAGUCGUUUGAUGUAAAUAUGUUUACUUUCAGUAUUUUAAAUUUUAAUGGGUUUUCCAGUACUUCGUACUUCUCUAAAAAGGGAGGUAAAUGUCACAUUAAAAUUCAUCAUUGUAUAUAUUUAGUUUCGUAUUUUAACUUUACCACAUAUCCCGUGGUGAGCCCCUUAGUGUUUUAGUCAUAUGUAUUUGUAAAUACCCAUAUUGAACCUCAGUUCACCGGGCUUCAAACCCACCAGUCCGUGCAGUAUCAGUUUGGACGCGGCAGUCCAGAGGGAAGGACGCACUUAAACUUCUCUCGUGCAUACCAUCCAGUCACUAUGUAUUUUGUUAAUUGAAAUAGCUGUGUGCUAACUCUGAAGUGAACCUGGUACUGGCUUUUUCUGAGGUUCCUUGUUCCAUCUUUUGUGUAAACCACUUUCAUCGAUGGUGGCCGAGUAUUGGUGACGUCUUGUGUAGACCAAGUGGCCAGUAGAGAACAUUGUCUAUUGGAGGACCUCACCAGUCCAUUCUUGUCAAGACCAAGUGGCAAUAGACAACAGUGGAGGACCUUACCAGUUCCCAUACUAGGACAAUUACUUUCAAUGUGUAUCAAUUCAAACUAUAUUAAAUAUGUAAAAACA